AUGGAGGGGAACCAAUCAUGGGUCACAGAAUUCAUCCUGGUGGGAUUCCAGCUCAGUGAAGACAUAGAAUUUUUCCUCUUCGUUAUCUUCUUCCUAUUUUAUAUCUUCAACCUGCUGGCAAAUGGCAUGAUCUUGGGACUCAUUUGCCUAGACCCCAGGCUGCACUCCCCCAUGUACUCCUUCCUUUCUCAUCUGGCCAUCACUGACGUAUCCUAUGCUUCCAGCAAUUUACCCAAUAUGCUGGAAAACCUAGUGAAACUUCUAUUGGCUUUUGCUUCUGUAGAGCACCUGACUUUGGUGGUGAUGUCCAGUGACAGGUAUGUGGCGAUCUGCCAUUCCCUCCAGUACACUGUCAUCAUGAACUGGAGAGCGUGCACGUUCCUGGCCAUCAUUUGCUGGCCACAUGGAUUUUCCCUGGCCCUAGUACAAGAAAGUCUCUUUCUAAGGCUGCCCUUCUGUGGGCCCCAGAAGGUGAACCACUUCUUCUGUGAAAUCUGAUCUGUCCUCAAAGUGACCUGUGGUGAAACCUGGAUCAAUGAAAUUUUCCUCUUUGCUGACAGUGUGUUUAUCUUAACUGCGCCCCUUUCCCUGCUUCUGGUCUCCUAUGUGCGCAUCCUCUGGGCCAUCCCGAAGAUCCAGUCAAAGGAGGGCUGCAAGAAAGCCUCUUCCACCUGCUCCUCCCACCUCUGUGUGGUUGGGUUCUACUUUGGCAUCGCCAUGAUGGUUUAUAUGGUCCCUGGCAAUAGUCAGUGAGAGGAGCAGCUGAAGAUCCAUUUCGUGUUUUACACUGUCUUCAACCCAUUGCUCAACCCCCUCAUCUACAGUGUAAGGGAUGCUCAAGUGAAGGCUGCUUUCCACAGAGUAUUGCAGAAAAGUAGAACAAUAUGGCACAAGGCACAAUUAUAG